CUUUUCUUUAUAUAUACACACGCGACGGGGCCAUCGUACGCAUUUUCGAUAUCGCUGUCGCUAAUUGCGAUCUCGUGAAAGAAGAACCGUACUAAUCGCAAGCCUUGCGACCUCAUAUACGUACCUGCAGGAUCGUCACAAGGAUGAUGCUGAUCGGACUCGUACUGUUUGCGGCGUGGGCCAGGACUGCCGUGUCGGAACUGCCUCCUGGAGUAACAUCAUGUCCACGAACAGACAACUUGGCGGAGUACAACAAGUGCAUUCUUAAACAGCUGGAAACUCUCACGCCUCUUCUCGUCAAGGGAGUGCCGUCUUUGAAAUUGCCAGCAUUGGAUCCUUUGUUUUUGCCAUCCUUGACGGUAGAUAGAAAUCUGGAAUCCUUGAAACUUAAAGCCAAUAUGAGUCAAAUUCGCGUUUAUGGCGCUACGAAUUACGUCGUGCACGAUCUUAAAGCAAAUCCCAACGAUUUGACUGUGUCUCUCAAAGUCCAACUGCCUCACAUUUAUAUGAGCGGCGAGUAUGACGUUCAAGGAAGAUUGUUGCUGCUGCCUUUAAGUGGAGUAGGCAAUUUUAAAGGGAAUUUUACUGACACCGAAGCUCAAGUAAGUGCACAAGGCAAGGAAGUUACUGAUAAAAAUGGCGUGCAGAGACUCGAAGUCGAUAAAUUGAUUACUAAAAUCCGCGUUGGUCAUGGAAAUAUUAAACUGAAGGCACCUCCUACUCACACGUUAGCCGCCGACGCAGCUGCAACAUUCUUUAAUUCCAAUCCUCGUUUAGUAUUGGACAUAGCUAGUCCAAUUAUCGAGGAUACUGCUGCAACUGUGAGUAAAGCUCUAGCCGCUAGAGCACUGAGCGUUCUUACUAAACAAGAGCUCGUUCCUUAAUUUUUAAAUAGUCGAAUUUCACUCGACUCGUCAAAUAUAAAAUGCGAAUAUUGCGAUAAGUAGGCGAUUUAAUAUAAGUUUAUUCGCUUUUUCAUCAUACAUUCCGCCAGGUUGGUAAAACGUUGAAUUUGUUAUCUCACCUCCAAAGAAAGCCAUUUAUUUAACCAUGUUAUACAAUCGUAAAACAUCGUUUGUUUUUACUUUUAAACGUGAAAAGUAUUGAAAUGUUAAUUCAUUCAACAAAAAGAGAUACAUAAAAAAUAUUGAAAUGUUAAUUCAUUCAACAAAAAAAGAUACAUAAAAAAUAUUGAAAUGUUAAUUCAUUCAACAAAAAGAGAUAC